CGCCGGGAAUGGAGCUCCGGGGCUGGCGUGCCACAGGCUCCCGCCGCUGGAAGGGGAUGCGGGGAUGCUGAAAGUGAGCUCGGCGUCUCGGGGCAGAGCGAUGUGGCGAGGAGGAAAGGGCCACGGGAGCUGCUUGCCUUUUGGAUAAUACCUGCCCCUGCCGCGGGUCUCGUGCGUCGGCACUCUUCUUGUUUGUGUGUGGCAUGCGGAGCCGGGGUUUUAUAUGGCAUUUGGGAGCCGAGCGAGGUCACACUUCCUUUUUUUAAAAUUCUUUGCUUUGGAAGUCUUUCUCAUGUGGAAGCACGCUGCUCCCUAACUCCUGGCUAAGCAGACUUCAGUUCACCAACUUUGCUGCCGUACAGCAGACAUAACUCCUUGACAGGAUGGCAGACAAAAGAACAGCUGGCACAAAGCAAUAGGGGAUUCGUAGCAAGGAGGAGGAAAGAAGAUCACAGACCUUUCACCCGUGCCAUCGACGCCCGGCAGCUGUCAGAGCAGCAGUGGAAGGGACAGCUGAAGCCACCAUGCGCAGGUCUAGCACCGAUGAGUCGACCUAUCACAGGAGCCCUUCCCUGGACAGCAAGGAUUACAGUUUCCCAAAUGGCACCUUUCGUCGCUACAGCAGCAUGUAUGGUGGCCAGUUUGGGGCUGCCAGCAACUCUUUUUUUGGAUUCCACACCAACCCAGGCCCAAAGGCCACCAAGGCUAAGUACACGUCCCCCAAGGGAAACAAGUACGUUGUCUUUUACCUGGAUCUCUCAUUUAUUUUUCUCCUAGAACUGAAGAGGUGCAGCAUGGCUCACAACUGCCUGCAGUGUAUCAAGUACCUAAUGUUUGUUUUCAACCUUCUCUUCUGGCUGGGGGGCUGUGGAAUCCUUGGUGUAGGCAUCUGGCUGGCUGUUACCCAAGGGAACUUUGCCACUCUCUCCUCUUCUUUCCCGUCCCUGUCUGCUGCCAACCUACUGAUCGUCACAGGGACAUUUGUCAUGAUCAUUGGCUUCGUGGGCUGCAUAGGUGCCAUCAAAGAAAACAAGUGCCUCCUGCUGAGUUUUUUUAUCAUGCUGUUAAUUAUAUUUCUGUUGGAGCUCACUGUUGUGAUUCUGUUCUUCGUCUACACCGACAAGAUUGACAAGUAUGCUCAGCGGGAUCUGAAGAAAGGACUUCAUUUGUAUGGGACAGAUGGAAAUAUUGGCCUCACUAAUGCAUGGAGCAUCAUUCAAACAGAUUUCAGGUGCUGUGGAGUCUACUACACUGACUGGUUUGAAGUGUACAACACAACCCGGGUGCCAGACUCCUGCUGCUUAGAAUUCAGUGAGAAUUGUGGACUUCAUUCCCCAGGGACCUGGUGGAAAGCGCCUUGCUAUGAAACUGUGAAAAUAUGGCUCCAGGAAAACUUAUUAGCAGUGGGAAUCUUUGGAUUGUGCACAGCUAUGGUGCAGAUUCUCGGACUCACCUUUGCAAUGACCAUGUAUUGUCAGGUAGUCAAGGCAGAUACCUACUGUGCAUAGAUACCAUUUCCCAGUCUUUCUGCUCCUCCUCCAAAGGACACAGGAGAAAUCUCCUUCAUGCUCAUUCAUCUGACCUUUCUCCCCCUCUUUGUACUAUAAACUGUGUAUAAUGCUAUCUUUAUGAAGAUUUUGUGAAUCACCCCACUUCACUGAAGGAGGAAGAAAAGAAAAAGUCAGUACUUGAACUGGCACAGGUAAGAAGCAGCCUUGUCUUUAAACAGAGGAAAACCUCCAAAGAGCAAUGUUUCCUUUUCCAUGGCCUAUGGCAAGACAAAGGAGGUUGCUUACAAGAGGCUGAUCUGCAAACCAGUGUUAGGAAAAGAUUGCACUGAGGCAACUUCUGAGAAACCUGCCAGGUUUCCUUCCCGUAUUUCACAGUCCGGAAGAGAGGAAGUAGAAAAUGCAUAUUCUUCAGCAAGAAGGUACAGAGUAGCUAGCACUGAAUGCAAUUGUAAUUUUACUACAGUUUGCCCACAGCUAAAAUGUCAAGAUCAAGCAGCCCUGCCUCCAAGUGUCUCAAAAUGAUUUUGUAGCCGGGAAGGAUCAUCUUCAGAAAUAUGUUGUUUUAAAGGAGUAUUUUUAAUCUUAUGCGCCGCAAAGUCAGGCUUUUAAUCAGAAUCUGUACAGUGAGAUCUGGCUGUUAAUGGAAAACAAUAUUGGACGUUGCCUCACUUACUAAUUGCCAGUGGCAAUAGAUGGUUGACUGCAUAUGUUACGUAUAUUACAUUCAUUAACACAUACUUUUCUGAAGGAAGUGAAAAUACCCAGCAUCUAACCUCAGAAAGAGGAAACCUUCUAUCCUAUUUUACAUUCCAACUGAAAUAACCAAGUAUUAUUUCUUGUACAAGGCACUAUCACUUAUACCUCUGGGAAACAAGUAAUUACUUUCAGCUGUAUCUUCAUUUCAGUAAACAACUUGUGAGUGGGCUCUCUCUGUCAGUCUACUAUGGCUUUAUUUUUUAUCAUUCCUGUUUCAAGUUAGUCUGCCAAAAAAUAUCACUCAUUUCUGCACUUGAAGAUGUGUACAAAGCUGUCAGCUGUUCCUUCCCUGAAUGUCACCAUUUCAUUAAUUUACUUUGGGAUAUGAUCAUCUGCAGGUACGAUAGAGUUUGCCUUGCUGAGGAAAAAUCUUUUGCGCAUUGCCCAUUUGUCUGAGAGUUAUUAAGACUUCAGAUGCUUUUAUGCUCAGCUUUUUUUUUCUCCCAGCUGCACGCUGACAACAGCCAAGACACAUCAGUCUCUCUUAGAACUGGAGUCACCCCUCAGUACUCCUUUUCACAUGCAUCUUCCUUUGCCUAGCUGUUGGCUAGAAUAUACCCCACACUUUCUGAAAUAUCACAGUAUCGCAGGAAACGCAGGAAUCAAAACCAUAACUUUCUUUAGCCAGGGAACAGCCACUUACUGUCCGAUUUCCCCACUCAUUGAUAACUAAAGUAAUUUCUGUAGUACCCUCCUGUGCACACCUUCUAGCAAUGAGGUUAAGAAUCAGAUGUAUUGUAUUGUUCAAACAAAUAAUUCCCCACCAGCAAGUAGCCCCAGAUAAUGCAUAUGUGACAGGGAGAAGCUGGGAAAGGACACAGCAGGGAACAGGCAAACAGAGCAAUGCAGAUGGCCUGCUAACUGCAGCCAGCCUUGGAGGAUCUCUCAGCCACUGACAGUUAGAUGAGAGAGACAGCCAUGAAGCCGUUUUCCCAGAAAGCUCAAUGCAGCCAUCCUUACUGUGACAGACUGGAAGCAUGCAUCAAGCUCACACAAAAAGUUAGCCUGCUUACAACAGCAGGUCUCAGCUACGAGUGACAUUUUGCGUGCUUUGAUUUAAAGGCAAUUUCCAGCAUAAAGCUGGACUUGCCAACCCACGGCCUAUUGAACAAUAUCCUUUACACACAUAACUAAUCCUUUUCUGAACCUGCACCAUUGACAGAUUCGCCCUCACUCCUUAGCUCUUGGGUUUUUUUGGUCUCUUUGCUGGUUUCCUGUAGCCUUCUUACUCUCAGGCAAAAACUACUGAAAUACUCCAUGGUUUCCCAGGAAAUGGUUAGGACAGUCUGAUGUGUAAAAGAGCAAGUAUCUUCCAAAAUCUUACCCCCAGGGGAUGUUCAGCUGUGCAGGCUAAGUUGAAAGUAAUGUAUUACUUGUGUGCAUUUUAUGUGGCUUCUCGAUCACUCUCUAUCACAGCAACCUCACCACCACUAAUGGAUUUUACUGUCAGGCUAACAAGCCUUGACAAAUGUUAACAUACCUUGCUCCAAGCUGAGUGAGCAGCCCACACAGAGGUGCCCUGUAUUCCAAGCAAGCAGCUUACUCUUGAUGUUACAAUCACCACAGUGUCAAUGCUCUCUGCUUCCUCGUCAGGCUCACCUGCAAACGGUCCUGCUCUUCGUUCCUUCCCUCUCUCCACUCUUUUCCUUUCUUACUUGCACAGAUAUAAUUCCAGGUUAGAUGUACCAUUAGUUCUUGCCGUGGUUUAUAGUUUGUACACAGAGGUGCCCCUGCUGACAGCUCAGAGUUUCCACCACUGAAAAGCAGCAUAACAGAGUGGUGAAUACAUUAAUAAAACAUUGAUUUUUUUUAAAGAUAGAUAAAAGGUAGAGAAGUCUAUUUGUAGUAAUCCCUGCCAUUAAAAAUUAACACAGAGACAGCAGGCUGAUGAUGGUUCAGUUGAUAAGAGCAAACCAUUGUGCAGCAGAACUCCCACAGAGAGCUAGCUCCUCAUCAAUUUGCUUGAUGGUGGUGUAGGCAAAAGAGAGAUCACAGACCCUUGUCCUGUGAGUCUCCCAGUAAUACGUGCUGAGCUCUUAGAGAACACUGUUAGACUUCAGCUAAUCCUACAGUGGAAAGAAAAUAUGAGAAAUAGAGACUGAAGACAAGUCACAUUUUGUGGUUCUGCCUUGAAUCAUUUUC